AUGGCUGAGCAGGUCAGUAGGUUGCUACAGAAGAAUGUUACCUACGAAGAUAUGAUUGUUGGGGUGAACAGAGAAAUCUACGAGCGACUGAACAAUCCAGGUCGGGGUCAGCGUACUACGAAAUCCAUGAUCCAGGGAGACCUGAGGAAUACUGCAAAUCAGCUACGUCUCGAAAUUAUUACCAGUGCAGCGUUGAAUGAGCAUGGACUGAAGAUUGAUAAGGAUGGUUUCGCAGUUGAACGACGACCUACUGACCCCAUGGUUGAAGAUGUUAUCGAAGACCCUACUAAUGAUAAGGAUGUUGAUAUGGGUCUGCCUAUGGACGAUGAGAAAGACCUUCCUGAGACUAAUGAUGAGACUAACGCAGAAUCUAAGUCCAUGACUUUGAACAAACGGACCUUAUAUUCUUACGUGUGA